UUGAUUUUCUGGGUAGUCCAGAACCUAUUUUCUAGUUUUUGUCAUACUCCAAAUCUCCAGUUUGUGAAAGGUAUAAAGAAAAAACAUGCCAAAACGUAAAAACAAAAAUCAGAUAUUAUCGGAAAUGAUAGAUGGUCCGAGGAAAGCUGCUGUUCGGCAGCCGCGAGUAAAUCGGGAAAAUCAAGUGAUAAGCCGGAAAUCGCCGAGGGUGCCGGUAGCCGCCAAAAGGAACACCCUUCCCCGCGCCCUGAAACCCAGUGUUAUCCGCAAGAUUUGCCGCUUGCCCCCGGAAAAGAACUUGGAGAAUACGGAGGCGAAGGUUAUGUAUGUCAACUCGAGAUUCAGUUUCCUAAACGGCGAGUGUAGUCAAACCGCUUGCCAUGAGGCAGCCUGCCCCAAAAAGCGGAGUGCCCCGAAGCAAAAACCAAGGCAGAGAACUCGAGCCCCCAAAAAGACUUGAUCCGAAGCAGUCCACGUAUCUGAACAUUCCUUCAAACAUUCAUUCCAUACAAAGAGCUAAAGAUUUCAUGAGUCCCAUGACCCAGGAUUAACCUACGAUCUAUUCAUAUCCCUUCAUCGAUCUGUUUCAUGUCCUGUGAAAAUGCUUGUAUUUUGUAUACAUUUGUACAUGAAUGAGUAAAGUAUUCACAUUUAUUAUAUGUGAAUUUCUA